AGCAAGACUUGGAAAAACUGUGAAUCAUAUACUGGAAAACACAAUUCUGAAAUUGCUCGAGUUCUGUUCCCUGAUGAUGUUUCAAGAGGGUUAAAAUUCUGUGAUGAAAAAGAAGCUCUUUAUCGCAAAAUUGUUGCAGAAAAGACAAAGCCACUUGAUGGGCUUAUAAAACUGACCAAAUGGAUCGAAGAUUGUGGAUUGAAACGAGCUGCGGUUACAAACGCUCCAAAAGAAAACGCAGAGCUCAUGAUAUCGAAACUUGGUUUGACUGAUUUCUUUCAAGCAGUGAUUCUUGGCUCUGAAUGUGAACAUCCCAAACCACACCCUGGACCUUACUUGAAGGCUCUUGAAGUGCUUAACGUGUCAAAGGAGCACACACUAGUGUUCGAACACUCUAUCUCUCGGAUUAAAGCUGGAGUUGAUCAUUGUUGAAUAAUUCUUUGGGAGUUGAUGACAAUUGGAGCUUUCAAAUGUCUUAUUAUUUUGUAUUGAUCAUACAUGCAUAACGAUAGAUUUGUAUCCGGAAAUAGUUGCAUAAACCAAUAAACUAUAUGCUCGGAUCUUUGGCUUACUUUCAUUGAUAUCUUGUUGUUUUGUGUGGUAAACAUAUCAGCUUUUGAAUA